AUGGAAAAUAAUCAAUAUCAGCAGAAUUCUUUCACUCCCCAACAGAAUAUGAGCUUAAUCGCUAAUUAACCAGGAUCUAGCCUCAAUGGAGAAGGCUUAUAAGAUACAAAUAAAAAUGCUGCUUAUCUUUCUCAAUAGCACCCCUAGAGAGACAUUCCGCAGUCACCAACUUUGAUAUCACAUUAAAUCAAUAUGGGAUCUAUGCAUGUUCUUGGGAGUUCUGCAGACAGAAUGAUGGCUUCUCAAGAAGAGAGCUAAUAGCAGCAGAUACACUCUCAGUAUAAUCAGAAGCAGAAUACAUUGAAUCCAGAAGAAUUGAACAGAAAUAUGGAGGGUAUUGAUGAGGAUAAUGAUUAUAAAUAGUAAAAAAAAAGGCCAAGAACCACCUCUAAACCUAAGUCAUUAGUUUAGCGAUUGCGUAGAUAAAUGCAGAAGAAUUACGAUCGAGAGUGGGAUCAUAACUUUCAUGUGACUCAUAGUAAAGAUAACCAUGCCUUUCAUCCCCACUACAAAGAGUUCUUUGACAAACCUCCAGGCAAGAAAGAUGAGAGACUUGCUAUAAAUAUCAUUAAAUUGACGAAUAACUCCUUCGAUAAGGAGUUUGAGAAGGUGACUCAAGAGAGUAGAAUGCCAUUGUACACUUCAGCCUGUGGGAUUAAACACUAUAAAAAUGAGAUCAAGUGGAAAAGUGAUUUUAGUGUGAUGGCUUCUAAGAAUAAUACACAAGUCCAUUCUAAUUUCAAAGAGUUUUAUGAUAGACCUAUAAGGCUCAAUAGAAAUGGAUAUCUAUAUUCAGAGAAAGUGCCUGAGAGAAUAGUUUAUCAUCCCAUUACCCCAUUGAGGAGUAUCAGAUAAGCUAAGAAUAUUAAGAAGUGUACUCUUGAAACAUCCUAGCUAUCUGAAAUCAAAUCAUUCCCCAAAGAAUUUAGACUCAGAUCUGUUGAUAUUUACAAUGAGUUAAGUUUCAUUCCAAACUUAAGAUCUGAAAAGGCUAAAUCUAGAAAGAUCAAAAGGAAGGAGGUUGGGUGGAAUGAUUAUGACUUGGGAUUGCCAAUAUCUACCUACAAUGAAAAGGUUCAUAAAACUUACAGAGUUGGGUUUGAAAGAAUAGCAAAAACUAAUGGGUUAUGA